ACCUUCACCCGGCAGCCGUCCACCACCACCUUCACCCGGCUGCCGUCCACCACCACCUUCACCCGGCUGCCGUCCACCACCACCUUCACCCGGCUGCCGUCCACCACCACCUUCACCCGGCUGCCGUCCACCACCACCUUCACCCGGCUGCCGUCCACCACCACCUUCACCCGGCAGCCGUCCACCACCACCUUCACCCGGCAGCCGCUGCAGCGGAACAAUGGGAGGAUCACAGGCUACGUGAUAUUCCUCACCACGGACCAAACUGUCGGUGACUGGGUGACGGGGGAAGUGACGGGGGACUGGCUCACCCUCACCGUCCAUGGACUGACGCCUUCAAGGAAGUAUUUGCACAAGAUGCACUCUCACAAUGUCAAAGGUUUUGGUCCAUUCUCCUCCGUGGAAAGCUUCACGACUUCCAGCUGUUGACAAGAGCAUCGGUGAGCCCCCUGGCUGGUGUGUGGAGCGAGAGGCCUGAUUGUGCUGGUGAUCGCUGGCGUGGCAGGAGCCAUGACCAGCUGGGGGCCUUCUUGGCCACCACACUGUACUGCCGCGGGUCAAGGCGGAGCCCAGGCCAAGCAUUGUUCUUGGCGGCAGCUGCAGUGAGAGCAACAAGCCUGGCGUCCAGCCUCCAGACCUGUGGAUCCAUCACGGCCACUUGGAGCUGAAGAACUUUGACAAGGGUGAGCACAGCAACUCCCCCAACCACGCCUCCAUCAUCCAGCACACAGAGGUUGUUGAGUCACUCUUCACGUCCUCCCUGAAGGAAGCCGGCGGCCUGAAGCACCGCGGGCAGGUCACCACCACCAGCCUGCAGGCCAGGGACCACAAACACCUCUGGAUGGGACUCUGGAAUGGCAGGCUUCACUGUGGCUUCACUAAGAUCAACCGCACGUGCAAGACAUGCCAGGCUCUGAUGUCCAGUGUGGAGGAGAUCGGAAUUCCUAUCAUGAGGGAGACACACAACCGCACCACACCCUCACCGGACGCCAGCAAGCUAUUGCCAUCCUGUAGUCGCCACACCUCCAGCAGGGAGUUCUCCAGGCACACGCCAGCAUUGCCGCCAAGGACUUCACACUGCACUGCCCGAAACACCCGUCGAGGGUGAUGAGGAUGAGGAGACAGUCAAGAUUGUGCAGUGGGUGAAGAGCAAUGAGCCAAUGUCUCUUGUCAUAGAAGUUGCUGCUGGGACUUUGAUGGAGUGUUUCGUGAUCCUGGUGAUGGCUUUACAUGGCUUUUGCAUCUUGAGCGGGGAAAACACCAAUGAACACCCGGGAGCCACCAUCAAGCAGGACGACCACUCCGGAGCCAUCAUCAUCACCCGCAUCAUACAUGGCUGAUUGCUCCGGCCUCAUCCAUGCUGCCGACGAGGUGCAGGGGUCAACACCUUCAAUGUGGAGGGCAAGACACCGGCGGAUGUCCACAAGAUGCUGGUGCAGGCGGAGGGCACCAUGACCUUCAGGCUGCUCCCGGCCAGCAGCUCGGUGCACCUCAGGGAGAGCAAGGUGAGGGUGCACGCCUACUUCCACUAUGACCCCAAGGAGGACAACAAGCACAUUCCCUGCAAGGAAGCCGGGCUGCCCUUCAACAAGCUGGACAUCCUGCACAUUGUGACCCAGGAUGACCCCUACUGGACGGUGUCGUCAGCGGGGGUCCUGGGCGCCCACCUGCUGUGCUCGCGGGUGCCCGGCCUCACGCCCCGCCAGAGCCGCAUCUGUACGCGGGCGCCUGACGCCAUGGUGGCCAUCAGUGAAGGUGCGAGGGCGGGCCUGCGAGAGUGCCAGCGGCAGUUCCAGCAUCAUCGGUGGAACUGUUCCCUGGCGUCUACCAGCAGCAGCGCGUUCGGCCACAUCGUUCUUGUGGGCGGUGCGGAGCGGGAUGAGGACGGAGUGCAAGUGCCACGGCGAUUCGGGCUCCUGCACCGUCAAGACCUGCUGGAAGACCCUCCCGCCCUUCACCUUCAUCGGGAAGCACCUCUUCCACAAGUAUAGGAAGGCCAAGUCCGUCUCAGUGCAUAAGGGCCGGAGAAGAUCCACGCCUCACCUGCGUCUGGAGAGGGUCAGGAGAAGAGCUCGACGGCCCCGCAAGUUUCAUCUCGUGCACUUGGAAAGGAGUCCCAACUACUGCCAGAUGAAUCCCGCGGUGGGUUCGCUGGGCACCGUGGGUCGCAAAUGGAACAGAACUUCGUCAGGGCCAGGUGGCUGUGACCUGCUGUGCUGCGGCCGCGGGUACAACACUCACCAGUACACACGCACAUGGCACUGCAACUGCAAGUUUCACUGGUGUUGUUACGUGCAGUGCCACACCUGCAUGGAGGACACCGAGGAGAACAACGGCAAGUGACCGUCCGUAGCGGGAGGCGGCGAGGCUGUGCUCUCCCGGCAGAGAUUCUUCAUUGGAGGGCGCGAGGGACAUAGUUUCGUUCAGCAUCGACAAGGUCCUUCAGUGACUGCGAGACAUCUCUGAGCGGUGACGUCGUACAAACACUCCGUAAUGGAUGGCAUUGCCUGAAACGCUGUGCUAGGUGGCCCGCGUGUUUACAACAUGGACGCCACCACCAACGCUCUCUUCUCCCCUGAUGCGCAGACACGAACAAAGGUGAUAGGCUUUCUGCACCAUCAGUGGGUGUCCAGCUAAGCAUCCACACCAGCCAACCCUCAACAAGAACGACUGCCUUGUACUUCCCUAUGUGAUCUGCACGGGUCUGUGUUUUUGUCAGACGACAUUAGGUGCUGGUGUCUCCUCUGACCUGGCAGCGAAGCAUAAACCAACACACGCCCUCCAUGUAGCGGCGGCCAACACAACGCUUACUCCUGAGGCAGCUGUUGACGGAACACCAGUUGCGAGUAGUCUGACUAACACUUUUACGAGCUAUAUAAACAAUUUGGAUAUUCGUAAUCAGUGAUCUGUCUUGAGAUUUAUCAAGUGCUGUGAGAAUAUUUGCAUAUCAACGCUUUGCCAUGACGGAGCCUAAACAGUCUCUGCACAAACUGCAAGGCAGAAAGAAGAGCUUUUACAUAUGUUUUUUACAAUAUUUACAUGAAAAUGGUAUAUCUAGAUCUUUUAUUAAUACUCUUGUGAUAUCCCUUUGUGACUCCCUUAGAUAACGUCUUUUGCUGUCACCACGAGUGACCGCCGGUGGAGCGACAUUUCUGACAGACCGACUAAUAUAUUCUAAACACAUCCCGACUUUAGAAACACAUCUACUGCCCUGUGUGUGUGUGUGUGUGUGUGUGUGUGUGUGUGUGUGUGUGUGUGUGUGUGUGUGUGUGUGUGUGUGUUCGUCCGUCCGUCCGUCCGUCCGUCCGACUGCUGCAAUAUUUCCAUGGUCCUCGUCAUUUCAGGGAUGAAGUAAGAUCUUUGCUAUAUUUGGAAUUUUAUUAUAUGACAAAUACAUACAUUCAUUGUUUCGAUAUGUCAUACAAAAGGCUGAUAUUCGGCAAACAACUGUAUUUACACUUAGAUGUGGCCUCAUAAUUGCGUCACAAACCACAGGUUGCAGCUUCACGGGCAUGACGGACGGGGCAACCAGUUUUCUACGACUGUUAUUUUUCCUCUGGCGAGCUGAGAUAACUUGGAAACUACAAACCUUGCUGUGAUGCCCAUAACACCCA